AUCACUGCUUAAAAUGUGAUGCCAAUAGUAGUAAAACAGACCAUAAAAUUUACAAGACUUUAGAAGAUUUCAAAACAUUGCUGCAUUGGUGCUUUAUUAUGGCGCUACCGCCAGAAAUAGAAACGAGUACAGACACGAGGUCUGUUCUUCACAUAGUCGAGGAAAACUUUAUAAAACUUGGUUUGAAAACGUACGCGGAACGCAUGUUGUACGCUGGCGAGCAUACACUGCCCAAAGAGGAGUUGAUCGAACAUUUCAAGGCCACGAUACUUGAUGUGAACUCUGGGUACUGCGACAUCCCCGUGCGAGGCCUACUGCUGGUGUACGAUAGAUACUUUGUACAUGUCAUUGAGGGAUCUGAAGAUACCAUACACAGACACUUAAGGUUUCUGUUCAGUCAUGAAGUGAAGUGGAUAGAGAAAAACAAAGAGAAAGUUGAACACGCUGCAUAUAUUCAGCGCCUAGCUACGCCUGAAAAUAGUUCACAGGCGCAAGAAGAAACAGACUGGAAUAUGUUUAGAAGAUUAAAAUUGCUGAUGGUCUACCAUUCAAUAAAAACGUUGUUUUUCAAAGACUGGUAUGCGGUAAUGGCAGAUCCGCCGACGCUUAUCUCCAAAUUGGAGGUCAAUGGCCCACUGUCUGAACACAUGGAGCAGCUGCGUGUUUGCCUGGACAAGCUGCACCGGCUGGGUGAAAUCACACGGUAUCAUGAUAAGCUUACUCUCGAAGUACUAUUAGCAGCAGAUCCAAAGAUGGAAUCCCUGCCAGAAGUGGAUCUAUUAGAUUACCUUUUGGCAUCACCGCACCUACUAGAUCUUCGGGCUGUAGCCCGCAUGCAUCGUCGAGUCGAUCAUUACACGUUUUAUUUUGAAAAAGUUUGGCCUCUGCCGACCCAAUACACACCUCGUCUACUCUACAAGCUCAAAAUAGACGACACAUUUGUUGAACCGUUGCCAUUGAUGUCCUGGGAGAUUACCAAAGAGACUGUAGAAGAAGAAGAGAGAGAAGGAAUGAGCACUGCUAGUGAUUAAUUUCGUUUAUGCGUUCAAAUCUCAAAAUUUGUGCUCUUGUCGUGGUAAUC